AUGUCAUCGGUAAUUGUUAACUCAAUUAUACCGAUAUGUAUGGAGGUUGUUGAACUGGGAGUGGAGUUGGUCUUCAAUACAUCGGAUCUUUUGAGUGCGAUCAUCGACAGUGUUGAUGCGAAAUGGCGUGAGAAUGUGCUCGUGAAGAAGUAUUUCGUGAGCGAUAUUGUGGAGAUGCUUCGUAAUCUUACCACACAUCCGGAUGAUGAGAAGUUGACACAAUCGUUAUCAACACGACUGCAUUUGAGUUGUUUGCUGUGGGAUUCAAUAGCGGAUGAGUAUUUGAGUGAGUCAACGAAGUGCUCAUUGGAAUCGAUGUUGAUCUCAAUACUGGAAUUUAUCGCUUCCAAACAGUCGCACGCACUCAUGAAGCUAAUCGCUCCGGUUUGUCUGUGGUUUGAUUUGUACUCGAAGAUGCUUACAAUGAAAAGUAAUAAGACAAAAAUGCAGAAUAUUGUGUAG